AUGAAGUGCAUUCUGCUUAUUCAGGCGAUCAUUGCGGCGACCAGCUCUAUCUGCCAUGUGCUAUACAAGCCGAAGCACCACUGGUAUCUGGAAGAGGAGCACACCACCCUGCCUGAAGUAGUGGCCUGGUGGCUCACCUUCUUCACGCUGUACUCCAACUUGAUGCCAAUCUCCCUCUAUCCGACGGUGGAGUUCUGCAAUGUCUUUCAGUGUCGAGCGAUCCAGCAGGAUAAGCGGAUGUGCUACAAAGCACCGGGCUUCAAUGAGGGCAAGCCCUUCGCAGCUGUUACUCGGAGUUCGAAUCUGUGCCAAGAGCUGGGGCAGGUCGGAUACAUCUUCUCGGACAAGACAGGAACAUUGACACAAAACGACAUGGCUUUGAGGCGUGUCUCCAUCGGCGGGCAGAAGUUUGGGACAUUCCAGAGUAGCCCGCAGGCCGGAAAGUCGGAUGAUGCGGGAUGGGACGGCUUCGACGGCGGCCGCGAGCUUCAGGCGGCGAGAGGCCUGUCUAUGAAGGCGCGAGAGAUCGACGCAUUCUUGGAAGUGCUCGCAGUCUCGCACACUGUGAUGGUCACCAGCGGGGAGGACGGUGGGCUGAACUACGAAGCCGAAAGUCCCGACGAGUUCGCACUAGUGAAGGCCGCUGCCAGCCAGGGCUGGGAGUUCAAAGCUAGACGAGGCUCAGAACUCACAGUCAGUUACAGCUCUGGCUCGGGAUCUCGAGAUCUGCAAUAUCGGGUCUUGGCCACGAAUGCCUUCAAUUCAGCACGGAAAAGAAUGUCCGUGGUGGUACAGAAAGGCAGUGAGCACCUUCUUCUAGUGAAGGGUGCCGACAAUGUCAUGUUGGAAAGGGCCAGCAGCCCACAGAGGCCACUGGAAGCAGACCUGACCGAGUUCUCGGAACAAGGCCUCAGAACGCUCGUCCUGGGAUCGCGGAGCCUGCAGAUGACCGAGGUCUCCUCGUGGCUUGCACGCUAUGAAGAGGCCCAGCGGGCGACGACUGAUCGGGACAAAAAGUUGGAGCAAGUGGCCGAAGAAAUCGAGAAGAAUCUUACCAUUCUCGGCGCGACGGCCAUUGAAGACAAGCUCCAGGCAAUGCUAAAUGAAUAUGUAAGUGACAGAGCUCGGCAAGCAGAGAUAGCAGGUAGCAGUAGCAGCUAG